GCGAGGGCUGAGCCCACCCAUCAGUCCCGUCUUGCAAAACAGUAGGAGAUCACAUCAGCAUGGCUACGGAGAUGGAACCCUCGGAUGUGAUACGCCUCAUAAUGCAGUACCUCAAGGAGAACAACCUCUACCGAACACUGAGCACCUUACAGGAGGAAACAACUGUAUCGCUGAACACAGUGGAAAGCAUCGACAGCUUCAUCACUGAUAUAAAGAGCGGCCACUGGGACUCCGUCCUGCUGGCUAUCGAGUCCCUCAAGUUGCCCGACAACACGCUCAUUGAUCUUUAUGAGCAGGUUGUAAUGGAGCUCAUUGAAAUGAGGGAGGUUGGAGCCGCUCACUCACUCCUCAGGCAAACUGACCCGAUGAUCAUGCUUAAGCAGACUCAGCCAGAGAGGUACAUCCAUUUGGAUAACCUGCUAACAUGCUCCUACUUUGACCCCUGUGAGGCGUACCCGAAAGGCAGCAGCAAGGAGAAGCGGCGCAGGGCGAUAGCCGAGGCGUUGGUGAGGGAGGUCAGCAUGGUGCUGCCUUCUCGUCUCACGGGGCUCCUGGAACAAGUCGGUUCUAUGAGAAUACAACCGUAUGCAGAUCAUCUCCCCCCCGACACGACCGUGGACACAACUGUCCACAUGGACAGACAAGUGGAGAAGGAGAGCUUUCCAACACAGCUGUACCGCCAAAUCAAGUUUGGGCGGCGGUUACAUGUCGAGUGUGCCCGUUUCUCUCCUGAUGGCAAAUACUUAAUCACUGGGUCGGUGGAUGGGUUCAUUGAAGUCUGGAACUUUAACACUGGAAAAAUUAGUAAGGAUUUAAAGUACCAGGCCCAAGACAGUUUCAUGAUGAUGGAUGAUGCUGUGAUGUGUAUGUGCUUCAGUCAAGAUACAGAUCUACUGGCAACUGGAGCUCAGAAUGGCAAAAUGAAGGUGUGGAAGGUUCAGAGUGGCUUGUGUCUGCGCAGGUUCGAGCACGGCCACAACAAAGGUGUGACCUGUCUGAGCUUCUCCAAGGACAACACCCAGAUCCUCAGUGCCUCCUUCAACCAGACAAUCAGAAUUCAUGAACUGAGAUCAGGCAAGACACUGAAGGAGUUAAACAGCCAUUCGUCAUUCGUAAGUGAUGCAUUUUUCACCGAAGAUGGAUCCCACAUCAUCAGUGCCUCAUCUGAUGGCACAGUCGAGAUUUGGAAUACAACAUCCUGCCAGUGCAUCCACACGUUCAAGUCUCUGUCCCGGGCCUCAGACGACCCCGUGAACAAUGUGAUUCCUCUUCCCCAAAAUCAAGAGCACUUUGUGAUUUGUAAUCACUCCAGCACGGUGGUCGUCAUGGACAUGAACGGACAGAUGGUGAAGAGCUUCAGCUCAGAAAGAAAAGAAAAGGCCAAUUUUGUCUGCUGCACCCUGUCACCCCAUGGGGAGUGGAUUUACUGUGUGGGAGAGGACUUAGUGCUGUAUUGCUUCAACUAUACGACGGGAAGACUGCAGAAAACACUGACCGUUCACGAGAAAGAUGUAAUUGGUAUCGCACACCACCCACAUGAGAAUCUGCUUGCCACGUACAGCGAGGACGGCCUUCUGAGGCUAUGGAAACCUUAAAAUGUCUCCUGCAUCGUCAUAUGGAAGAUCCCUUACACAUGCUUUUGAAGCAAUUUGUUCACUUAACAAAACUUAAAUAGAUACAUUAAUCAUCCAUCAAUAAUUACUCAUCACAACGUCAAUUAAGUAGCUGGUCUGUAGCUUUACGCCAUAUCACAUUACCUUCAUCAGUUGAUAGAUGUGUCUAGUUGUCAUGGAAUUGCUAUGUGUGAUGAGGUGGAAAUGGUGAAAGAGUUUUGUUAUCUAGGGGACAAAGUGAAUGCAUGCGGUGGGUGUGAAGCAGCAGUGACAGCAAGAGCAAGUUUUGGCUGGGUCAAGUUCAGGAAAUGCGGAGAAUUACUACAUGGGAAGAGGUUCUCCUUGAAGACAAAAGAAAGGUUUAUCGGAGCUGCGUGAGAUCUGUAAUGCUAUAUGGAAGUGAGACAUGGUGUUUGAGAGAAAGCGAGAUGGCGAUUCUGAGAGAGGGAUGGUGAGAGCGAUGUGUGGGGUGAAGUUUAUGGAUAGGAAGAAGACCGAGGAGCUGAUAGAGAUGCUUGGGUUGGAGGAUUCGGUGGACCAGCUGGCAAAGGCGAAUGGAGUGCGGUGGUAUGGACAGAGGUUAGAGGUUUUCCAGGCAUGUCCAACUGGGAGGAGACCCCGGGAAAGACCCAGGACACGCUGGAGGGAUUACAUCUCCCGGCUGGCCUGGGAACGCCUCGGGAUCCCCCAGAAUGAGCUGGAAAAUGUUGCGGGCGAGAGGGAAGUCUGGGUCAACCUGCUGGGUCUGCUGCCCCCGCGACCCGACCCCGGAAUAAGUGGAUGAGAAUGAAUGGAUGGAUGGUAUGGACAUGUGCUGAGGAGGGAUGGUGAUCAUGUCUUGAGAAAAGCGUUGGAGUUUAAAGUAACUGAACCAAGGAAGCGUGGCCGACCAAAGAAGACAUGAAAGAGACAGGUGGAAGAGGAGAUUCGGAAGGUUGGUUUGAGGAGGGAGGAUGCCCCAAAUCGAGCGAGAUCGAGAGCCGGGUUAGGGAGAUUGCUGCGAGAGUGAGGUAAAACCGGCCACUCCCAUUUUUUGGGGACAAACCCGGUUUAAAACUGGACGAAGAGAAGAGGGAAAAUGUAUGAUGGUCAAUGUUGCCAUAAAGGCUGAGGUUCCAAAUUCAUUUUUCGAUUUCGGAAACAUCCGUUUUGAAAAUCCCACGGCAAAUAGGCAAACUCCAUCUGGUGAGGAAUAUAAUGCGUUGUGGAUGAAAGAAGCACAACAACCGCUGCUAAGCGGACCUGUGGUGAAGUUGUUUUCUGAACUACUGUUUCCAAACGUCCAGAAUAAAACUGGCAACCUCAGAUAUUAAUUGGUAUUUUUUUUAAAUAAAUGGUAAUUUCUGAAAAUGAUUUUAAAAUGUCAAGAAGUUAAGGUGCUAGAAAGUGAGAUUGUUUCAUUUGACCGUUACACCAAUCUAGCACUUGAGUCUUUUGAGCAUAUUGUUAAUCUAUUUUUAGAAACUAACUGGGUUUGAAUUCAUAUAUUUUUACUACAUAGAAAUUGUCAGUUAUUUAAACAUGUGUUUUAUUGAUUGAUUUGUAAAGUAUUUGCUUCAUAGACAUUGGCAGCACUGUCUAGGACCUAGGUCUUCCAUACAAACAUAUUCACCCUCUUCCUCAUGGAUCAUCUUAGCCAGUGCUGUUUGAAUCCCCAUUUUAAUCUCUUCUGUCUUUAUGAGACAUGAAAAUGCAUGAUGGUGAAUUGUUGAGCAAAUAUAUUUAAGAGAAAAUGCCUCUUGUUUGGGCAUAAACAAACAAUAUCAGGUAUAUCAUUUGCCAGCUUUGGUUUAUAAAAAUACUUUUGUAACUUUAAUUCAGAUUAAAUUACUUGUUUUGUCCUCUCUGUGCAUGCUACCUCAGUGCACUGUAUAAAUGUGACUACAAUAAAUUUAGUACUACUUAAUAUGCAUAAUGACUAAUGAUAAACCUUAAUGGAGCUCCAGUGACACUUGUUUGUAUCAUUUGUGUAUGUAUUCAAUAAUGUUAGUUGGUUGCACUGAUUGUCAAUCAAAUUAAAAAAAACUUUACAGUUCACAAGUUUGUGUGCCAUUAAAAAAGAAAAAAACUCA